AUGGUGGUGGACGCGACGUUGACGCGGGUAGGCGUCUCCUGCGGUGCAAAGGCCCGACGGGGCAGGCGGAACGGCGGCGGCACGGCAGGGGCGGGUCGUCUCCCACGGCGCAGGGGCCCGGCGGGGCAGGCGGAGGGGCGGCAGCGCGGCCGGGACGACCAUCGCGGCGCAGGGGCCGGGCGGGGCAGGCGGAGGGGCCGCGCGGCCGGGACGACCGCCGCGGCGCAGGGGCCGGGCGGGGCAGGCGGAGGGGCCGCGCGGCCGGGACGACCGCCGCGGCGCAGGGGCCGGGCGGGGCAGGCGGAGGGGCCGCGCGGCCGGGACGACCGCCGCGGCGCAGGGGCCCGGUGGGGCGGGCGGAGGGGCGGCGGCGAAGCUUCGAGCGACGCGAGGUGGACCCUGGGCGGUGCGGUGGAGGCGCGGCCGGCGCGCGUGGAGCUCGGGGAAGACCGGGAAGCGCGGUGCGCGGAGAUCCUGGCGGUGGAGGCAGUGCGAACCCGGAGCGGCGGCGCUGGGCGGACCUUGGGCGGAGGGUGA